AUGGCGUCGACUAAAAAAUCUAGCGGAAACAUUCACAAAAUCCGUGAGUUUGAGCUGGAUAAGGUGGUCCUCUCGGAUGAGUUCGAUAUUUUACAGAUAGUGGGCGAAGGAUGGUUCGGAAAAAUACUCCUCGUCGAGCAUCGGGCCACCGAUACGGAGAUGGUUUUGAAGCUCCUUCCGAAGCCAUUCGUAUCGCUGACGGACUUCUACAAGGAGUUUCAUUUUAGUCUCUUAUUGGGACAGCACAAGAAUAUCGUUACCACGUACGAUGUAGCCUUUGAAACGGCAGGGUUCUAUGUUUUCACCCAGGAAUAUGCACCGCUAGGAGACCUGACCUCAAAUGUCUCCGACAGUGGAAUUGGAGAACUGCACACAAAACGUGUAGCUCGGCAGCUGGCUUCUGCUAUUGAUUAUAUUCACCAAAAAGAACUCAUUCACAGGGAUAUCAAAUUAGACAACGUGUUAGUGUUUCGGUCGGAUUUCGCACGAAUAAAGCUAUGUGACUUCGGUGAAUCGCGCAAGCUAGGUGAAGAGGUACUGAGGCGCAACGAAUGGCUACCGUACAGUCCUCCAGAAGUGUUACUUGUCAAAACGGAUGACAAAUACAAGACUGAUACGGCCCACGAUGUGUGGCAGUUUGGCAUCGUUUGCUUUGUGUGUCUCACUGGAUGCCUACCCUGGCAGAAAGCAUCCGCAGAUGAUCCCCGUUUCAACCGGUACCAACAGUGGCACCAGGCAACGCUUACCUUUCCGAUGAAACGAUGCCCGAAGCUGUUCAAGCUGCUAUCCGCACGGGCGUGCAAGCUGUUCAAGAAGUUUCUCGACCCCCGCUCCGAACGGCGCCUGAAGACACUGAGCGAUCUGCAAAAGUACCUGGACGAUCGGUGGCUGGCCAAAUCUGCCGAGAAAGAGAUGGCCGAAAAUGAACCGGACGAGCUGUGUCCCUCGAUGUACUCCUUCCACAGCAGUGUCGAAGAGAAGAAUAAGCUGCUCGGUACGUUGGCCCAGUGUGGCAUCGAGACUACGGUUGACCGGGCAGCAAAGAAGAAUCGCAUCCGAGAUUGGAUUCAGUCGUCGGUGAUUGCUGAAGAGGAGGAGGAGGACGAUUCCGGAACCGCAACACCCACCUCAAACGUAUCGCGAACGGCCGUACCAGGCCACGUGUCGUCGGUAGCGGCUUUAGAGCGAGCGGAGAAAAAGAUCAACUCCACCGUCAAGGAAGCGUCACAGAAGCAUAUUGAUCCACGCACAGGAAACAUUCAAAUCGGUCCGAGCGAGAUGGGAUCGGUGAACGCGAAAGACGGCAAUAACAACAGCACGCCGAACAUCAAUGGACAUCCGGCAUCCUCGACCAACACCGGAAAGCAUAGUCUCCUCAGGGCCACGCAAGGGCUUGUGAAGGUGGCAUUUAACUCGGCGGCUGCUGUCACGGUGCCAGAAGUCACCCGAAACGGGUCGUUCGGCAAGCGCGGAACUGUGAAGGAUAGUGGGUACGGUAGUUCAAACGGUGGCACAAAGACCGCCACACCGAGCAGCAGGAAAAUCGCGCGAUCCCCAACACUACCGAAACGGUCCACCUUCAUUCGAUCGGAGAGCAAUCCCUACGAGGAACCGGAAUCGGCUGACGAUCGUGAUAGUCAGAGCUUGGAGUUCGACGAGCUGGAAACCGAUAGGGGAUCAAACGGCUUCCUUAAUACGCCAGUGGAAAAGCGAGUACAGGAGAAAAAACCAGAGAGUGCCUACGAUAAGAUCUUCUUCCGAAGAAAGUGAACCACGCUGCGGUUUUUAGCUGAUCGCGGGAGAUCGAGAAUCAGCAUACUUUAU